AUGGGUAGAGCCAAGAAAACAAGAAAAUUUGCAUUAGUGAAGCGUACUAUAAAUGCUAAGAAUGACGCUAGAAUAAAGGCAAAUGCAGAGAAGGAAUCAAAAAAGGAAGAUCCAGAAUUAACCAAGCAUGUUCCACAAGUAUCCAGUGCAUUAUUUUUCCAAUACAACCAAGCUAUUAAACCACCUUAUCAAGUUUUGAUCGAUACUAAUUUCAUCAAUUUUUCGAUUCAGAAGAAGAUAGAUAUAGUGCGAGGAAUGAUGGAUUGCUUGCUCGCAAAAUGUGUUCCAUUGAUUACUGAUUGUGUGAUGGCGGAAUUAGAAAAGCUUGGGCCGAAAUAUAGGAUUGCCUUAAAAUUAGCACGGGAUCCAAGAAUAAAGAGACUGACUUGUUCUCAUAGGGGCACGUAUGCUGAUGACUGUCUGGUUAAUCGUGUACUUCAGCAUAAGUGUUACAUAGUAGCGACGAACGAUGCGGGACUAAAGCAGAGAAUUAGAAAGGUGCCAGGUAUUCCGUUGCUGAGUGUUGGUGGGCAUUCUUAUGUAAUUGAAAAGCUUCCUGACGUUUUCUAG